AUCGUAUUUGGUGGGCGUCACUCGUCCAUGUUAAUCAUUUAUAUUUACUGCUGGUAGAUGAUAAUCACUAGGAGAAACAAGAGUCAAAGGUCUCAUCCAGACAUCAGUGAAGGAGAAGCUCUCUGUGAAUGGUGCCUGGCAUGGAGGGGAUCACAGGAAGUAUACUAUUAUUGUGCCUGGUUGGCGUAAUUAACGCCAAUAUGAGUCCUGAAAUCACCACUUUUGUUUACAACGUGUGUGAAGACACCCCUGUCGGUCAAACUGCAUUUACUAUAGCUGCAACGGAUAAAGAAAAUGACCCGCUGACUUUCUUGCUCUUCGGGCCCAAUGCUCCAUACUUCAGUGUUGAAGAAAAUACAGGGGUCGUAACUAUUGCGAGGAAUCUUGAUAGAGAGGCUUUUCAAGUGUUGGACGUUGGAGCUACAGUUUCUGAUGGCUUUAAUCCUACAUCCAGACAGUUAACUAUAAUAUUAGGAGAUGCCAACGACAACGCACCCUUUUUUGAGAGUAUUUCUUAUGACAAAACAGUCGCAGAAAACACUCCUGUAGGUACAUCUUUGUUUCAAGCGCAUGCCACUGAGGCUGAUAUGGGAACUGCUGGCAUUGUUACAUAUGCCAUCACUGAAGUAAUCCCAGAAGAAGAACCUACUCCCUUCAGCAUUGCACGAGAGAGUGGUGUGGUCACACUGAGCAGGCCUCUGAAUUAUACCUCACUGAGUACUUUCUAUCGACUGAAGAUUAAUGCCAGUGAUGGUGGAGGCAAAUGCUAUUUUCCUGACACAAUUUAUUUGUCAAGCAUUGUUUACGCCUUCAUUACUGUUGAGGACGUCCCAGAUCUUGAUCCUCAGUUCAUCGGUGUUCCCUAUAUUGCGAAUGUUAAAGAGAAUUCACCUGUGGACACUUCUGUGCUUAAAGUGACUGCUGUAGACCAAGACAGAGGAGUCAAUGAUGAAAUUAUCUACAGCAUUGAAGAUUCCACUGAAGAUGGCCUGUUUAAGAUUUCAAGCAGUGAUGGCAUCAUAUCAAUACUGUCAGCAAUUGACAGAGAAGCUUUUGGUGACACUGUAACCCUGACUGUGAAGGCCACUGAGUCUAAAGAAAACAUCCAUGGGAUCCGUGCCAGCGUCACAACAGAGGUGCAGAUCAACAUCCUUGAUGUGAAUGACAACAAGCCAGAGUUUUACAAGUGUGGAGAGUCAGAAUGUGUGAAAGCAACUCAGUUCACUGGAGAGGUCUUGGAGCACUCACUGGGGUCUGUUAACAUCAACAUGACUGUCAAAGACCCAGACAAGAUUUCCACCACUGAGCUAAGCCUGGAGGGAGAGGACAAGGCCGUGUUUUCUGUGGAGCCUUCAUCUACCAUAGUAGAUAGCAUCGUUCAGCUCAUGAUCAGACAGCCUGAAAAUCUGGAUUUUGAAGAAAAACAGCAAAUGAUUCUACAGGUGAUUGCUGUAGAUAAAGAUGAUCCCACCUUCCGCUCCACUGCUGAAGUAACUAUAAACAUUAAGGAUGACAAUGACAACAGUCCAACGUUCCAAGAGGACACAUAUAAGUUAGAGGUGCCAGAGCAUUCUCUCCCUGGGACAAUACUGGCCACAAUCACAGCAGAUGAUCCAGACACAAUGGAUCAAGGCAACCUGACAUACAAACUUCUUCCUGACAGCAUAUUGGCCUAUUUUGAUGUGAAGUCACAUACGGGGGAAGUUUAUGUGAAAGACUCAACUCUCCUGGAUCGUGAGGCCAGAUCCCUGUAUACGGUGACUCUGCAGGCCAGAGACACAGAUGGCAAGCCUGGCUCCACGCUACUGGAGAUCACAGUGACCGACAUCAAUGACCAGCGUCCAGUCAUGAACAGAGACUCUUAUGUGGCUUUUAUUAAAGAGGGUGAACAGCUUGAAUUGACAAUAGAGGCUACUGAUGCAGAUGAACCCAAUACUGAAAACAGCCAAAUUGUGUAUGCAAUCGUGCCGAGUGAGUACAGUAAAAACUUCACCAUAGACCCUAACACCGGUGUGUUAAGAAACAGUGUCCCACUGGAUCGUGAGGCCUUGGAUCCAGAGCUGGAAGGGAAGAUUGUACUCGAAGUGACUGCUACUGACAAGGGCACUCCCCCGCUGUCCACCAACGCCACAGUUACCAUUAAUAUACAGGAUGUCAAUGAUAAUGCACCAAAAUUUGAUGCCCCAUCUUACAAAUUCUCUGUUAGAGAAGGAGAAAAAGGUGUAUUUGUUGGCUCUGUUCAAGCUGAGGAUUUGGACCAAACAGCAGAGUUUAAUCGCAUCUCUUUCAGCAUCAUCGAGGGGAGCUUUGGGAGCUUCAUCAUUCGAACCUUUCCUGCCACAAAAGGUUACAUGGGAAACAUCACUGUGGACCCAGAUGUUGAGCUGGACUAUGAGAGUGGCGGAAAAACUUUUAAUAUGAAGGUACAGGCGGCAGAUCUGGAGGAGAAGAAAGCUGUAGUGAUGGUAGAUGUAGAUGUACUGGACGUGAACGAUGAGAGGCCCGAGUUCAAGCCAAUAUCACCUGUGAAAGUGAGGGAGAACACCACAAUUACUGAGGCCAUUGGGAAAUUCGAAGCACAUGACAUAGAUGAGAACCAUUCUCUGGUCUACGAGCUGGUAUCCGUCACAUGCAUAUGUAACAACACUCUAGAAUCCUGCAACUGGUUUAUCCUGGAUCCAACGGGAGAGGUUAGGGUCAACCCUGAGGCCAGUGUGGAUUAUGAAAAAUGCAACCAGGCAAUUGUGGAGGCUCAGGUGGUGGACGAGUACACAGAGAAGGGAGAGAACAACAGCGCAACAACAGGCCAAAUGGUGAUCAACAUUGAAGACAUCAAUGACAAUGCCCCAGAAUUCAUUUACUCAGAUGCUGUGUUUUUUGUGGUGUCAGAAAGUGCAAAUAAAGGAACAUCGGUCGCAGGAGUCACCGCCACAGAUCGUGACACUGGCAAAUACAGUGAGAUUGAGUUUGAAGUGGCAAAUGUCAAAUUUAAAAACACUGAUGAUAAAAUAAGUGACAUAGGGAUACUGUUCGAGGCUAAGACCACACAGCAAAAGGACCUUUAUGCUGGGAUUAUUCAAACUACAGAGGGGCUUGAUAUGAAGCUGAAAGGGACAUAUUUAGUAAAUGUCACUGCGACCGAUGGUGGUGGCCUCUCCUCUAGCACCGUACUGGAUAUUUUCAUAGUUGAUCAGUCCUACAAAGUUGAACUCAUAUUUUCAACUUCUGACAUUGAGGUUAAAAAAAAGCUCCCUGAAAUCAAAAGAGCACUUAUGAGUGCCACUAAGGCUGCUGUUGAGAUUGCUUCUAUUGCUUCUGACAACAGUGAAACAUCCAGGGCUGCAGAGAAAACCGUUGUAAUAGCAUACUUUGUCUAUGCCAAUGGAACGGCCCUUACCUCUACUCAAGUGGAAAUAAUGCUCUCUAAUCCUGAACACUAUCCUUUACUGAUAGAGCUUGGGCUAGAUAACAUUGGGGAACCUCCUGUGGAAGAAAAAAAGGUGGACACCGUGAAGUUCGUCCUGCUGGGGAUGGUGGCAGGCCUUGUCAUUGUGCUGGCUGUCCUCACGACUUCAAUUCUGUGCACUCGCAGAAACUACAGAAGGAAGCUGAAGGCCGCUAAAGCCGCCAACUCCGCAUCCAUGGUGAAUUCUGACAACCAGAAAGGUGGUCCUGUGGUACCUGGAACCAACAAGUACACCAUGGAGGGCGCCAAUCCUGUGCUUAACCUCAACAUUGACACAGGCAUAGACUUAGAUAGCAGCUCGGAUGACGACAAAGUCAGCCAUCUAAGCUUAAACUCUGUGGACAUGAAAUCUGACAUGAGUAUGAUUCAGGAAGAGGAUGAAGACGACGGGCCGCCAGAGUACAUUGAGCCUUUGGGUGCAGCACUGGCCCAAUUUUCCCCAAAGAAAACCACUGACAACCCUCUCAUGGGUUACAGUAACCCUGUGUUUGACACCACAGACUUGUAAUGUAAAUAAUGAAGGCCAGAUGCAUCAGAUGGGCAAAUGUGGCUUCUUUGUAAUCAGGCUAACCAAAUCAAACACUUUCUUUACAGCACUAGAUGAAGAUCUCAUCUUCAAAUGGCCUUCUCUGUUUUUCAGGGUUCUUAAAGCCAUGAAUUAUUUUAUCCUUUACAAGCAUAAAACUAAACCAAAAGGGGAUAUGCUACUCUGAGAAAUGAUGUAAUGAUAAAAAAUAAGUGUAUAGAUCUCAUGGAUUUUUCACUUUUAACUCUGUUUUUAGUCGGAGAGCUGAACUAUGUAAAUUGCCUCUUUGCUGGAGCUUCAUAUUUUGUACAUAGAUAUGAGAGUGAAAUCAAUAUUCUCACCUAAAAACAUCAAACUCUUCAAUUUGCUUUCUAUAUUCAGUAUUAAAAAAUAAUAAUAAUAAAGGCGAGUAGCAGCAGUUAAACACAUAAAACUCUUGCUUGAUGCACAUGUGAAUCACUUUAUUUUUGUUAAUAUAUUAAGCAGUGGUUUAAAAAUUGAAUGAAUUGCUUUUGAAGUAAAAUGUAUUAUAAGAUAUGCCAACACAUAAAUCAAAAAAAAAAGAAAAAAGAGACAAAUUCAAAAAUGUUGCAUAAUGUCAGCGUAUGAAUGAAAUUCUUAUUUAUAACUAUGUGUCUGCCAAAAUCUGUCUUGCAUGUUUCAUUUGUCAUUGUUUUGCUAUGAAAUUUUUGAUUCAGGAGAAAAACAACAAACAAAAAAUAAAAAUAAAAACAGCAAACUCAUGCAGAGUGACUUCUAACAAGCAGCAGAUUGAAAAAGAUUAUUCACUGUUUACUGACACCUAAAUGAAUGUAACAC